AACUGAAAACAAUGGAGGAGAGAUCGAAGUUGGCGUAACUGGUGCGGAAGAAGCGCGAGAUCUGAUACCUCAACUAGCAAAAGCAGAGAUUAGGAGGCAUGGAUAAGAUGAAUCAUGCGUUUGAGAAGAUGAAGAUGAAGAUGAUGGUGGGGAUGGAGGUUGAAGAGGAGCAACGAGCUUCCGAGGAGGAAAGCUCGCUCUCUUUCAUGGAUGAUCUUAAUCAAGAUUGCGCUUUAACCACCAAGCAGAGAUUCUAUGGCUUUGCAAUUUGCUUGUCAGCAGGAUUGACCUGUACACUUUUGUCAAUGCUUGUUUUCUUCAACCCGGUCAAGUUUGGCAUCACAUUCACUCUAGGAAAUUUGAUGGCACUUGGGAGCACAGCAUUCCUUAUAGGCCCACAGAGGCAGGUGACGAUGAUGCUUGAUCCAGCUCGUAUCUACGCCACUGCUUUGUAUCUAGCGAGCAUUAUCAUUGCCUUGUUCUGCGCUCUCUAUGUUCGUAACAAGCUGCUGACGCUGCUGGCUAUCAUUCUUGAGUUCUCUGGUCUUAUUUGGUAUAGCUUGAGUUAUAUCCCUUUUGCAAGAACCAUGGUCUCAAAGGCCUUUAUGACUUGUUUCGACACCGAGUUUUAAGCAAGAAAGAUUUUAGUGACAAAGCCACUGUCCUCUGUUUGAAUGAUUGGUCUAGGCUCAAAGCUGGACUUGUUUGCUGCACGAAGAAUGCAAAAAGCGCUUAUAGUUCACAUGGCUUAUGGCUUCUCUCUGUGGCACACUUUGGUUUUUGUUCGCAUCUUAACAUGAAGUUACUUUUCAAGCACAGUUUUUUUUUGUAUGUAUUACUGUGGGUAAAGUAUACUAUCCAGAAAAGGAAUUAAUUCAGACAUUUUGAUUCCUA